AUGGCCAUAUAUUAUCAAUGGUCUCUGGGAACACCUAAAUACUUUGACAGAGCCUACGACCUCAAGAUCAACACAUAUAAGAAUGACUGCCAAAAGUUUGACUUUUUGGCUGAUAAACAGCGAGAAUUGUGUUCAUUGAAUCGUAACAUUUUGCAAACGGUGGCCAACGGUGCCCGACUGGGUAUCGACGAAUGCCAGCAUCAGUUCCAUAUGAACAGAUGGAACUGUACCACAUAUGACGAACCACAGCUCCGGGUGUUUGGCGGUGUACUUGAUAUUUAUAGCAGAGAAAAGGCAUUCAUUCACGCCAUAACCUCGGCUGGAGUGGCCUACACUAUGACCAGAGCGUGCAGUAAGGGCGAGAUUUCCGAUUGCGGCUGCGAUGUCAAAGUACGCCACAAAGACACCAACGGCAAGUGGGAGUGGGGCGGCUGUUCCGAUGAUGUCCACUAUGGCUCACAGUUUAGCAAAAAUUUUAUCGACACCAUUGAGGCCAGCGAUUCGCCGCAAGGACUUAUGAAUUUGCAUAACAAUGAAGCCGGCCGUCGGGCUAUCCGAUCAAAUAUGGAGCUCAUCUGCAAAUGUCACGGCGUUUCCGGUUCGUGUACUGUACGGGUUUGUUGGCGAAAGUUGAAACAGUUUCGCGAAGUUGGCAACCAAUUGGUCCGCAGAUUCGACGGCUCCACUCACGUCAAACCAAUGGACAGAAAAAACCAGUCGCGACUUCGGCCAACUCGUAAGGACAUCAAAAGGCCAUCGAAGAAGGACUUAGUCUAUUUGGAAGAGUCGCCCGAUUUUUGUUUCAAAAAUAUGUCGGCCGGUGUUUUGGGUACAAAAGGACGGGUAUGUAACGCCACGUCCUACGGAAUGGACGGCUGUCGGCUGUUGUGUUGCGGUCGCGGCUAUCAGACUGUCGAGAAAGAGGUCGAAGAGAAGUGCGACUGUAAGUUCGUCUGGUGUUGUAAAGUCCAGUGCAAAGUAUGCAAAAAACAAAGGGAACACCACUUCUGUAAUUAA